UCGCGCUGCCAUCACUAGAGGUCACAAUUGGGCAACAUUUUGUUUACUUUCGCCAAUAUUUAAACAUUUCAGUCAGAGUUAAUGAAAUAAAACGACUUCAGCUUGAAUUGUGCAAAAGUUUGAGCGGCGGCUUGUGGUUCGGUGCAAAGUGAUUGCAGCAGUGUGUGUGUGUGUGUGUGGGUGUGUGGCCAAAGCAGGACAAUACAAAAGGGAAACCAAAGGCCGGAACGAGAAAAGAAGCCAAAGAGUUUCAUUAACAGACUCCAAAAACAAAACAAAACAACGAUUCACAACGAAAACUUUUGGAGAAGGCAACAGGAGCGACGACCAUUGAACAGUGCCACUCCAUUCUCCGCCCCAAAACUAUGGCCAUGUAGCAAAGGACCAACAGAAGAGAAACAAAACAGAAAAGAACAAAAAACAAAUAACACCGAGGUGCCCUUAGACAAUCGAAUUCGUACAACAAACCCAGCAACAAGCAACAACGCAAUUUAUAACCAAUUGAAAUUGAUAACUGCCAAUUUUUUUGAACUGACAAUAAAAAAAAAGAAGAACCUAAACAAACGCAAAGAGGAGCAUAACAAAAAGAAAACUUCGCAACAAUCAGGAGAUACAAAUAAAAUAAAUACAAAAUGGGACGCAAAAUAACUGUGGCUGUAUCCACACUGAAUCAAUGGGCCUUGGACUUUGAGGGAAAUUUGGCAAGGAUAUUGCAAUCCAUAUUAGAGGCCAAAGAUAUGGGCGCCAGCUAUCGCACUGGACCCGAGUUGGAGGUUAGCGGUUACAGCUGCGAGGAUCACUUUCGAGAGCCGGACACAUAUCUGCACUCAUGGGAGGUGCUGCUGGAGAUCAUGAUGUCGCCCAUUUGCGAGAACAUGCUGGUGGAUGUUGGUAUGCCGGUAAUGCAUCGGAAUGUGGCCUACAACUGUCGCGUGGCGUUCUUUAAUCGCCAGUUGCUGCUGAUUCGACCGAAAAUGGCCAUGUGCGACGAUGGCAAUUAUCGGGAGUCACGCUGGUUCACUGCCUGGACCAAGUCCAUGCAAACGGAGGAGUUCCUGCUGCCGCGCAUGAUAUCGCAGCAUACGGGGCAGCAGACGGUGCCAUUUGGCGACGCGGUGAUCGCCACACGCGACACCUGCCUGGGCUAUGAGAUAUGCGAGGAGCUGUGGAAUGUGCGCAGCAAACACAUCGAAAUGUCGCUGGCCGGCGUGGAGGUAAUCGUCAAUGGGUCCGCCAGCUACAUGGAGCUGCGCAAGGCCCACAUCACCUCGGACCUGAUACGGAAUGCCAGCUUCAAGGCGGGUGGUGCAUAUCUGUUUAGCAAUCUGCGCGGCUGCGACGGCCAGAGGGUGUACUUCAAUGGCUGUUCGGCGAUUGCGCUGAAUGGCGAGCUGCUCGCCAGGGGCCAGCAGUUUGCCCUGCAGGACGUCGAGGUGACCCUGGCCACAAUUGAUCUGGAGGAGAUACGCGCUUAUCGUGUGAGCCUGCGUUCGCGUUGCACCGCGGCCGCCAAUGCGGCCAACUAUCCGCGGAUCCACUGUGACUUUGAGAUGUCCACCCACAGCGACAUCUUCAAAACAUCAACGCCGCCGCUGCACUGGCCCAGCCACACGCCCGAGGAGGAGAUCGCCUUGGGGCCGGCCUGCUGGCUCUGGGACUAUCUGCGUCGCUCCGGCCAGGGCGGCUUCUUUCUGCCGCUCAGCGGUGGCAUCGAUUCGAGCAGCUCGGCCACCAUUGUGCACUCCAUGUGCCGCCAGAUUGUGCAGGCCGUACAGCUGGGCGAUGCUCAGGUGUUGCACGACAUCCGGAAGAUCCUGGCCGACACGGACUACACGCCCGACAAUGCCGCGACGCUUUGCAACCGCCUGCUGGUCACCUGCUACAUGGGCAGCGUCAACAGCAGCAAGGAGACGCGACGACGGGCCGCACAACUGGCCAACCAGCUGGGCAGCUAUCACAUCGAGAUCAGCAUCGAUCUGGCGGUGAAUGCCCUGCUGGGCAUCUUCAAUGCCGUCACCGGUCUGACGCCACGCUUUCGCACACAGGGCGGCUGUGCGCGUCAGAACUUGGCGCUGCAGAACAUUCAGUCACGCCUGCGCAUGGUCCUGGCGUACAUUUUCGCGCAGCUUAUGCUGUGGGUGAGGAAUCGACCGGGUGGCCUGCUUGUCCUGGGCUCGGCGAAUGUGGAUGAAUCGCUGCGUGGAUAUCUGACCAAAUAUGACUGCUCGUCGGCGGACAUUAAUCCCAUUGGGGGUAUAUCCAAGACGGAUCUGCGACGCUUUCUGGUCUACGCCAAAGAGAAGUACAAUCUGCCUGUGCUGGAGUCUAUUAUUGAGGCACCGCCCACCGCCGAGCUGGAGCCGCUGCAGGAUAACGGGGAACUGCAGCAGACCGAUGAGCAGGACAUGGGCAUGACCUACGAUGAGCUGAGCGAGUAUGGGCGCCUGCGCAAGCAGUCCUUCUGUGGCCCAUACAGCAUGUUCUGCCGCCUGGUGGCCACUUGGAAGGGGGACCUCAGUCCCAAGGAGGUGGCCGACAAGGUGAAGCACUUCUUUCGCUGCUAUGCCAUCAAUCGGCACAAGAUGACCGUGCUAACGCCAUCGGUGCAUGCCGAAAGCUACAGUCCCGAUGACAAUCGCUUCGAUCAUCGACCGUUCCUGUACAGGCCCAACUGGAGCUGGCAGUUCAAGGCCAUUGACGAUGAGGUGGACAAGCUGCAGCCCAUCUAUACACCCUCCUCGAUGCGACCCAGCAGCGAUGAUCUGCUGCUAUCUACGCAGCGUUCCUCGCAUCUGGAUGACUCGAAGCACUCGUCGCCGCUCUCCUCGGCCUCGGGCUCGGCCUCCCUGGAUGUGGGCAUAUCAACGGCUGCUGUACCCCUGGCAGCUGCUGCCGCUGCCGCCGCCGCUGCACCCGGCCUGGCCAAAAAGCCCAGCGGCUACUCCAAGGUGCAUGUGAAUGUCCUAGGAAAAAUCAAAGACCGCACUGGGAUACCUGUCUAGGAUCUAAGCAUCGAACAAAACGCACUGUUGGAAUUCUUGUUUGUUUUUUUUUUCACAAGGAUUACAUGUAGGAUUGAUAGCCAUUCAAAUCUUGUUCACAUCUUUAUGGAUACACAACAAAAAACACACUUAAAAGCCUUUGUAGAGCAUCCUUUUUCCAGUUGGCCUUAUCUUCAAACAAAAAACAUUGACCCUUUCCUAAUUAUACAUACAAAACUGCAUAUUAUAUAUAUAUAUAUAUCAAAUCGUAUAUUCCCCCAGCUAACCCCUUGCUAGACACUCUAGACAGUCGAAGAACGAUUGCGAGAAGUACCUUUAUAUUACUGUUGAAUUUUUGUUUCACUUCCUUUUUGCCUGUGUCGAAAUUCCUGCCAGUUUCAGUUUCCAGUUUGCUGGAUAAACAACACAAUAUCCUCUUUUGUUGACUAGUGCCUAGAUAAUAGGAUGAUGUCCAAAUUUGUACUAUCUUUUGUACCAUCUUUAGCCCCCUGUGACCCUGUGCAUGCCCAGUUUCAUGUGUGAUUUUUGAUAGUAGCUUUUAUUUAGGCACCUUUUUGGGGAGAUCAAUAUUUGCUUUGUUCGUUUGUGUACAGUGCGUUUCAGAGCCAGCCAUAAGAGCUAAGAAAUUGUAGGAAUUGAUGUAGGUUAAUGUUUAAACUAAACUAAAGCAAAUGAAUAAAAUCCAAUCUCUACUAAAACUAAUUGAAAGCAAUAACUGAAGCUUAUGAGCUGAGCCUAAACCAAAUCGUUUCGAUUUUACGAGUAUUUACUGCCCCUAUUUGGAUA